AUGAUGGAGGCCCAGACAGCUCCAUGUAUUCAAUCCCCCCCAGCUUCACACUUGAAACCGUGGCUGGGGGCUCAGCCAAGCACAGUUGUGACUCCUGGGAUCAAUGUGACUUUGAGGUGCCGAGCUCCCCAACCUGCCUGGAGGUUCGCACUUUUCAAGGCUGGAGAGAUCGCCCCAGUGCUGUUCCGGGAUGUGGCUGUGGACUUGGCAGAGUUCUUCCUGGAGGAGGUGACCCAAGCCCAGGGAGGCAGUUACCACUGCUGCUACAGGAGACAAGGGUGGGGGCCAGGGGUCUGGUCCCCACCCAGUGAUGCCAUAGAACUGCUGGUGACAGAGGUGUUGCCGCCGCCGUCGCUGGACGCGCUGCCCGGUCCGGUGGUGGCGCGGGGAGAGAACGUGAGUCUGCGCUGCGCGGGACGUGUGGGCGGCAUGAGCUUCGCGCUGUACCGCGUGGGGAUGGCGGCGCCGCUACAGUACCGCGACUCUUCGCAGCGCUGGGUGGACUUUCCGCUGGCCGCUGCCCACGCCCCGGGCACCUACAGCUGCUACUACCACACACCCUCGGCGCCUUACGUGCUGUCCCUGCGCAGCGAGCCGCUGGUGGUCAGCUGGGAAGGUGCUCCAUCCUCAGACUACACGUUGGGAAACGUGGUCCGCUUGGGGCUGGCUGGCCUGGUCCUCGUCUGCCUGGGCUCCUUGGUGGUCUUUGACUGUCGCAGCAGGAGCUCUGCCCCUGGUGGUCUCCAGUCCUGA